GACGUACAUAUAUUUCAGCCAAUCACAACGCCAUGGGCGGGACUAGAGAUGAAACAGCGGAAGAUUCAAAACGAAGAUGGCGGCUGAAAAUGAUGCCCAGAACAAUCACAAACUGAGCAGAAGUGGGACAAAAUGCAGUGUGUUUACCAGCCAGGAAAAGCCAAACACAAGCCAAACUGUAAUUUUUAACCCAGACUUCUUUGUUGAGAGGCUGAGACAUGAGCACCCACAGGCCUUCGCGGAUUUGGUACUGAGCAAUAUCACUCGACUGAUAGACCUUCCAGGGGACGAGUUUGCACAGCUCACCGGAGAGUCUGAGGCUAAGGUGCCCUCUGCCACUGGCUUUCUACGCUCCUUCAACUUCCUGAAACGGAAAGACAAAGGAGUGGUUUUUGGUGCACCGUUAACUGAAGAAGGAAUAGCACAGAUCUAUCAGCUCAUUGAAUACUUGAGUAAAAACCUUCAUGUGGAGGGGCUGUUCCGUGUGCCAGGCCACAGCCUGAGACAGGCAGCCCUGAGGGAGAUGCUGAAUUCUGGGGCAGAGCUAGAUCUAGAGACAGGCGACUUCCACCCCAAUGAUGCAGCCACAUUGCUCAAAGCCUACCUGGGAGAGCUGCCAGAGCCUCUACUGACACAUAGACACUAUCAUGCUCACCUGAAGAUUGGAGUGCUGACUUGCUUUGACGAUAACGGGGACAAGACGAAUGUGCCUGACAAGGAACGCCAGAUUGAGGCAUUUCAGCUGCUUUUCAUGCUGCUCCCACCAGCCAACCGCAGCAUGUUGAAGCUGCUGCUGGACCUGCUGUACCACACUGCUCGAAAGCAGCACAUAAACAAGAUGUCUGCUAUCAAUCUAGCCACAAUGUUUGCUCCACACAUCAUCUGGCCCAAAAAUGUGAUGGCAAGUGAUCUGCAGGGAAACAUCGAACAACUGAAUAAGGGCAUAGCAUUCCUCAUCAGGCACUCACAAAAGCUGUUCAAGGCACCUACAUACAUCAAAGAAUAUACCCGCAUAUACUUCACAGGAUCAAAAACUCUUCAAUCAAAGGAUGACUUGACGCUCUGUUCUGGGACUAAAGAUGGGCCCAUGUCUGCAGUAACAGCUGCCUCCCCCUCUCCUUCCAUAAGAACAAUCAGAGGUGAGGGCAGCAGCACCUCCACUACCAUGUCAUCUGAGAGUUACACUGAAUCUGCCCUCAGAGAGCUGUACCAGCAGGUCAACAACAUGCCCGAGUCUGCCAAAAAGAAGAAGCUCAUCAGACAGUUCGAUAAGCAGCCUCUGCUGACACCUUCGGCUGACUCUCGGACACCAUUCAGCAGGAAACAUUGGCGUUCACGCUCUUUAGGUGGUAUUAUCAAGAGGAAGGUGUUGGGAAGCCAAGUAUUAACAGAGAAAGAGAACCGCAGACUGCAGAGUCCUCUACCCAGCAGCCAAUUGAUGGCCGGGGAAGUGAAAACGCCAGCUGUGGAGGAGAUUAAUCAUCUUUAAAAGAAUGUGCUCUUCACAACUAAGGAAAACAUCAGGCUGACUGUUAUGUUAGGGGUAUUAAAGGAUCUUCUUGAGGCGUCGACACAAACUAAACAGUGUAAGGCACUGCACAGUUUUGUUUUGACACCAUGUUUGGAUCUGUACUCGGCUGUUUUUUUUUCUUUCUCAAGAAGUAAGGUUUAUAUGUUAAAGGUUAGUAAGAUGGCAUGAAACCACCACAAUCUCUUUGCAGUGUAGGAAGUUUUACUUCAGCUAAGUGACAUAAAAGGGGUUAGGGGACAACAGUGAGGACUUUAUGUGCUUAAUUUUAAGUCAUUGCAAUUCACAAGGUGUUCCAUCUUAAUGUCCUUAUUUGUUUUUCUUUCACAAUGUUCAGCAGGAUGCGAGUGACACCAAUGAAUUUGAGGGUAUUUUAGCUUUAUCAUCGACAUGUUCACACAAACAAGUUUAUUUAAUUUGCGAACCUAUUUGUAUUUAUUUUUUAUUAGUCAUCUAGAUGUUUCAAGUCCUGGAAUCCAGUGUAUCAGAUGCAUGGAUCAAAUGUGAUGUGCAGGCUUUUCUAUUAAAAUGUUACACGUCUGUAAGUUUAGUUAGACUCACACUGUCAAUGCAGUCAUGUCAAAGUGACGAAUUCUGAGAUGUGCCUUAAAGUGAAUAUAUCUUAAAUUACUGUAUAAUGCAAUUUUUAUUUAACGUUUUCUCUUUAAAUUCCUGUUAGCUUUAAGAGUGUGCUCAAAAUAUCUAUUUAGAAUGAAUUCAGGUGUCAGUAAAAUAGGACUGAAGACUAAUGAGAAUGGAGGAUGGGAAGGCCAAAGGACCAGCUUGUGUAGAUUAUAUAAAUAGUUGUCUUUGUUUUCACUAGCUCAAAUCUUGGGUGUCAAUGCUGUGAUACUUUGAAAUACUGCUACUUUAAAAAUACAUCUUGUUUUUGCAUCCUAAAUUUUAGUUUUUUUUUCUCAGAUCAGUUUUGUGACCAGGAUCACAUUGUAUACAGUUUUAUAGCUUCAUAUGCAUUUGUAUCUUUACAGAUAUUCAACUAUUUAAGGUUUUAGGUUUUUUUACGGUUUUAAGGUUUGUCCUACUAUUUUAAAAGUUUUAUUGUCUAUUUUUAUCUCUUUUUUUUUUUAUUGCCAAGGGUUAGUUAAACGCAAGUGAAGAUUCGGUCUACUGUGGUUGUUAACCCAGGUGCUUUCUGGGAGAGUUUGAGCCACUGCUACUUCUAUAACCUGCUUGUUGUCUUACUCUUUUAGUAGCAGUUUAUCGUUCAAAGGUCACUCUGCCAAGCUGUUACAAUUCAACUAUAAUGUGAUUAUUGCAAACAUGGUCAACUUAAUUGACCAUGUCAACUGAAGAUGCUACUGUGAAGCUAUGCAACUCACUGUAAUUAAAAGACAUCAAGCUAA